AAAUAAGUCACGUUGGUGAGUGGGGACAAAUAGGCAAGUUCCAUUAUAUACAUCAAUCUUUUUUUAGCGUUGAACACUGUGAACUUUCUCCUAAACGAACAAUCGUCGGUCGCCAUUCCGAACGAAGCUCCAUAUUUGUAUCUGCUACUACUUCCUAUAUUCAAUUUUCAGCUCUUUAAUUCUUAUCCAAUGGAGACGGCCACUGCUUUCCGAUCUGGCUUCAGCAUCUGUAACAGAGCCACCAAGGCGGCUCUUGGUGGGUCCGAUUUUGUUCGAGUCGGGUCACAGCUUCGGAUGUCUCCUUCUGGGAUCAAGCUUUAUCCCUCAAUUUCUCAUGUGAAGUUGAGUAACAGGAAAGUGGCUUUUGGUAGCAGGAAAUAUACUGCUAUCAGGGCAUCGGUAUCACCUUCUGAGUCUGGAGGUUCAGCUGCCCCUAUUGCUCCACUUCAGCUGGAAUCUCCAAUUGGCCAAUUUCUGUGUCAGAUUUUGACAAGUCACCCACAUCUUGUCUCAGCUGCUGUAGAUCAACAACUUGAACUGCUAAAAAUUGAUCGUGAUGCAGAGCAACAGAAGGAAGAGCCAUCUAUAGCCGGUACUGACAUUGUUUUGUACAGGAGAAUUGCUGAGGUUAAGGCAAAUGAAAGGAAAAAGACCUUGGAAGAGAUAUUAUAUGCCUUGGUGGUCCAGAAAUUUAUGGAUGCCAACGUAUCUUUAGUUCCUGCAAUAAGUCCAUCUUCAUCUGAGCCUUCUGGUCGAAUUGACACCUGGCCCAGCCAAGAUGAUAAGCUUGAGCAUCUUCAUUCAGCAGAAGCUAACGAGAUGAUUCAAAACCACCUGUCUCUCAUUCUUGGAAGUCGGUUGGGUGAUGAUUCUGCAGUGGCACAAAUAAGUAAAUUAAGAGUAGGCCAAGUUUAUGCUGCAUCAAUUAUGUAUGGAUAUUUUCUCAGGAGAGUGGACCAGAGGUUUCAGCUGGAAAAGAGCAUGAAAGUCCUUCCUCCGGGUGUAGACAAUGAAGAUAGUAGCAUCCAGCAAGUGGCAGGCGAGGAUAUCAGUGGUGAUAGGAGUGAUACCUCUUUCAGAUCAACAACACAAACCCACCCAGAAUUGACAUCAUGGUCUGCAGGUGGUGUGAGUCCUGGAGGUUUUGGCCAGGGGAUAAAACCCUCAAGAUUGAGAAACUAUGUGAUGUCAUUUGAUGGGGAGACCCUCCAGAGAUAUGCAACCAUCAGAUCUCGAGAGGCCAUAGGCAUGAUUGAGAAACACACCGAAGCACUAUUUGGUAGACCUGAGAUUGUUAUCACCCCUCAAGGCACUAUUGACUCAUCUAAAGAUGAACUUAUUAAGAUCAGUUUUGGUGGGCUGAGGCGGCUUGUUUUGGAGGCUGUAACUUUUGGGUCUUUCCUCUGGGAUGUUGAGAGUUAUGUCGACUCAAGAUACCAUUUUGUUGCCAAUUAAAUUUUCUGGUGACUCCACUGUGGAGUCAGAUUUAUGCCCGAACUUAGAAACUUAUUGCAGUAGCAUGUUUUAAGGGGAAUACAGUAGACCAUGCUUGUGACUUGUAUAUAUGAUAUUUCAUAUUAGACAAUAUUUAACAACAGUAUGUUUCCUUCAUAUAAGACGUUAACACGAUUACAUGUUUACUUA